ACCUCAGGUGGUGUGUGCAAAGCGCUCGGACUGCCUUCACAUCAACCCUUAGCCUGGGCACCGCUUUCCUCGUGUGCUUCCACUGAGGAGAAACCUGCAGCUACACACUUCAUACAGUGUGAUGGCGGAGCGUGUCUUGAUCAUCGGGAGCGGGGGCAGGGAGCACUCCCUGGCCUGGAAGCUGGCCCAGUCUCCUCUCGUACAGCAGGUCCUGGUGGCUCCUGGGAAUGCCGGCACUGCUGACAACGGGAAGGUCUCCAACUCGGCUGUGUCAGUGAGUAACCACUCCAUCCUGGCUCAGUACUGCAAGGAUCACAAUGUGGGGCUGGUGGUGGUGGGGCCGGAAGCACCUCUGGCUGCAGGGAUGGUGGAUGACCUCACUGCAGCGGGGGUCUCUUGUUUCGGACCCUCUGCGAAGGCAGCCCAGCUGGAGGCCAGUAAGAGUUUCUCCAAGGAGUUUAUGGACCGUCACGGCAUCCCCACGGCCCGCUGGAGAUCCUUCACUGACCCUCAGGAGGCCUGCAGCUUCAUCCAGAGCGCUGAGUUCCGGGCUCUGGUGGUGAAGGCGAGCGGUCUGGCCGGAGGGAAAGGAGUGAUCGUGGCAGAGAACAAGGACCAGGCAUGCAGGGCAGUGCGGGACAUCAUGCAGGACAAGACGUUCGGAGCUGCAGGGGAGACGGUGGUGGUGGAGGAGCUGCUGGAAGGAGAGGAGGUUUCGUGCCUAUGUUUCAGCGACGGCUGCACUGUGGCCCUGAUGCCUCCUGCACAAGACCACAAGCGGCUUCUGGAUGGAGACCUGGGCCCCAAUACAGGGGGCAUGGGGGCAUACUGCCCCACUCCACAGGUUUCGGAGGAUCUGCUUCAGAAGAUCAGAGAGACAGUAUUGCAGAAAACUGUGGACGGGAUGAGGCAGGAGGGGAGCCCUUAUGUUGGGGUUCUGUACGCAGGGCUGAUGCUGACCCGGGACGGGCCCCGGGUGCUGGAGUAUAACUGCAGGUUCGGAGACCCGGAGUGCCAGGUACUGCUGCCCCUGCUGAAGAGCGACCUGUACCAAGUGAUCCAGGACACGCUGCAGGGGAGACUAGCAUUGAGCGCCCCCACCUGGCAGGAGAACAGCGCUGCUGUUACUGUGGUGAUGGCGAGUGGAGGGUAUCCAGGAGACUAUAAGAAGGGCAUUGAGAUCACUGGUCUGUCUCGGGUGAAGGAGCUGGGGCUGCAGGUGUUCCAUGCUGGCACCUUGCUGAAAGAGGGCAGGGUGCUGACCAGUGGAGGCAGAGUGCUGACCAUCACCGCUGUCGACCGCGACCUGCCUACUGCACUUCAGAACGCCAACAAAGGUGUGGCCAGCGUGCAGUUCCAGGGGGCCGUCUACCGCAGAGACAUCGGGCACCGGGCCAUCGCCUUCCUCCAGCAGCCACGUGCACUGACCUACAAAGACAGUGGAGUGGACAUCGCUGCGGGGAACGCUCUUGUUGACCUGAUCAAACCCCUGGCCGCAGCCACUGCCCGGAAAGGGUGCAGUGCUGAGCUUGGCGGUUUUGCAGGCCUGUUUGACUUGAAAGCAGCAGGAUACAUAGACCCUAUCCUUGUGGCUGGGACUGAUGGAGUGGGCACCAAGCUGAAGAUCGCACAGGAGUGUAACAAGCACGACACUCUGGGACAGGACCUGGUGGCUAUGUGUGUGAAUGACAUCCUGGCGCAGGGGGCGGAGCCUCUCUUCUUCCUCGAUUACUUUUCGUGCGGGAGGCUGGAUGUGGGCGUGGCUUCCUCAGUCAUCGCUGGCAUUGCUGAGGCCUGCAAAACAGCCGGCUGUGCGUUGCUGGGGGGCGAGACGUCAGAGAUGCCGGGGGUGUACCCCCCAGGGGAGUACGACCUGGCUGGCUUCGCGGUGGGCGCAGUGGAAAGAGACAGGAUGCUCCCGCGCCUCGACUCCAUCGCUGCCGGAGACCUGCUCCUGGGGAUCGCCUCCUCCGGGGUCCACAGCAACGGAUUCAGCCUGGUCCGCAAGGUGCUGCAGCGGGUCUGCCUGCAGUACUCCUCCCCAGCGCCGUUCGGGGCUGCCGGCCAGACUGUGGGGGAGGUGCUUCUCACUCCAACCAAGAUCUACAGCAAGCUGCUUCAGCCAAUCCUGCACAGCGGAGCAGUGAAGGCAUACGCCAACAUUACAGGGGGCGGGCUCUUGGAGAACAUCCCUAGGGUUCUCCCCAAAACCCUGGCAGUGGACUUGGACGCCUGUCUCUGGAAGAUCCCAGAGGUGUUCUCCUGGCUGCAGCGAGAGGGCCAGCUCUCUGAGGAAGAGAUGGGGCGCACCUUUAACUGCGGGCUGGGCAGCGUGCUGGUGGUGGGGCGCGAGGCCGCGGACGAGGUCCUGAGAGAAUUGAAGAACCAUGAGGAGGCGUGGGUCAUAGGAACAGUGACGCUGCAGCAGCCAGACAGGGAGAGGGUGUUGAUCCGGAAUCUCCUCCGCUCUCUGCAGUCUGGCUCCAGGGGGACCCCAGUGAGCACUGGCCUUCGAAGCGGAGCCCCACAGAACUGUGCCCCCGAGCGCAGAGCAAGGGUGGCUGUCCUCAUCUCAGGAACAGGCACAAACCUGCAGGCCCUGAUGGAGCAGGUGAAGAAGCCGUGGAGCUCCGCUGAGAUCGUCCUGGUCAUCUCCAACCGGCCUGGGGUGGAAGGGCUGAAGAAGGCAGCACGGGCAGGGAUCCAGACCAGGGUCGUGGAUCACAAGCAAUACGGGAGCCGUGCUGAGUUUGACAGCACCAUCGAGCAGGUCUUGGAGGAGUUCAGUGUGGAGGUGGUGUGUCUCGCCGGCUUCAUGAGGAUCCUUGGCGGCCCCUUUGUCAGGAAGUGGAGCGGAAAACUGCUGAAUGUUCACCCCUCCCUGCUACCCUCCUUCAAGGGGGUGAAUGCUCACAGACAGGUCCUGCAGGCUGGGGUUCGGGUCUCGGGCUGCACUGUGCAUUUUGUUGCUGAGGAAGUUGAUGCAGGAGCCAUCAUUGUCCAGGAGGCGGUGCCAGUGAUGGUGGGUGACACAGAGGACAGCCUAUUGGAGCGGGUGAAGGAGGCGGAGCAUCGAGCUUUCCCUGCUGCUCUGGAGCUGGUGGCUAGUGGCACUGUGCGGCUUGGAGAGGACAACAAGAUCCACUGGAACACCCAGGAGCAGCACUAGACCAGCCUCCAAAUACCCACAAGAUCCACUGGAACACCCAGGAGCAGCACUAGACCAGCCUCCAAAUACCAGCAAGAUCCACUGGAACACCCAGGAGCAGCACUAGACCAGCCUCCAAAUACCCACAAGAUCCACUGGAACAGCCUCGCAGUACCAACAAGGAACUGUUUACAUCUCACCCUGGGAUUAGAGCUGGAGCAGGAUUGUGGCUUCAUUAAGUGCCACUCUGUUUGCUGUGGGACCCAUACAGAAUAAUUCCAAGAAAACACUCACUCACACCAAUGACUUUUUAGUUUCCGGUUGAUGAAGACCUAACCUUUUUGAAGUGUUGUGUUCAUACUCUGCUAAGCUGUAUUCAGGUAUUCUCUCCUUGUGUUUUGAUCGUGGGUUUUGUUGAAGAUAUAUUAUCCUUUUCAUUCCAGUUAUUUUUAAAGCUGCAGUUGCUACUGUGUGACUUUGUAUCGACUGGGUUAUAUAAACUACAUGCUAAAUGUUACUCCUACUGACCUGGCUUCCUUGUUGAGGUUUCAGCUUCAUUCAGACGGUACACUUCAGAUUAUUGUCUUUUGAUUGUAUUACUUCAGUUGUGUUACUGGUGUUGUGUAGUAAAGAUGAACCCUUUCACUGCAUGGAGUGCUUUAUGAUUCAUACACAUACUUUUUCAUUGUGUGUUUUAUAGUUUCAGCUCUAGUGUAUUCUAUUGUUUCUCUAAAGUCCCAUUCCAGGUGGUGUACAGUAUUACAUUCAAUGCCACACUUUCAACCUCAGGCCAUGCUGGUCUCGUUCUCAUAUCCUGGGGGUGCUGCGUUGUUGUUUAACUUCCAUGUGUAGUUAUCGGAAUUACAUUUGCUCACUGUGAUACUGGAUGAAGUCAUGUAGGCAAUUGAUAUUUCAUGAAACAUGGCUAACUUCUUAUAGAUGGACUGUAAGUGUGAACAUGUUUUACACACUUCUGCUAAACACAGACUGCACAGAAAUCCCGAGUCAGCCAAUGUCUCUCCUCUUGACCUGACAGGAGAUCAUCUCUGUUUUCUUGCUCAGUCUGUGUUUGAUAUACAUUCCACUCUGCAUGUUCUAUUCUACAAUAAACUGCUGCAGUUGCA